UUAGGUGCAUACGUGAGGAGGAACUCGAAGCUAUUCAGAAACUGACUCCUGAAAUGAAUAUAAAUAUCAUCAUAGAUCCCGUUGUAUGUAAGGAGUGUUUGGAAUCCCUGUGCGCCCACAACAGUUUCUGCAUAGAAUGUUUGGAAGUAGAGGAAAACUUUAUAGGUAGUUCUGAUUGUCAAGCCACAGAAAGUCAAGUUGGUACAUCACCAUCCAUUUUAUUCGUUAAGACUGAAAACUUGGACCGAGAAUUCGAUAUUAACGAGAUGGAAAUGUCGAUCAAAGCAGAAAUUGUGGACAUAAAAUCUGAAAACGAGGAAAGAAGCGACAAGCCACUGGAGAGCCCCGAUAAUAAACCGUUCGAGAAGAGUGACCGUAAGGUUGCAAAAGAUGAGAGAUGUAAACGCGAGAAUAGAUCAACGAACAAAUAUAAUAAGAAAAAAAAACAGGAGCGCAAUGAAUUGUACAGAUGUGAUAAAUGUAGUUACAAAACUGGAAGUAAGAUCCGUUUUGCAGCACACUGCGCUAGAUGUGGGAAAGAUUCGGAAGUGUACAAGUGCAAAACGUGCGUUUAUACAACUGAGCAUGAGAAAUUAUUUCAAAGGCACCAACUGAAGCAUAAAUGUCCUUCGCAGGUACAAAUGUACAGAUGUAACGACUGCGAUUAUGAAACUAAGAACAAGGGUAAUAUCAGGCGCCAUCAACUGACACAUAAAGAUCCUUCGCAGGUCCCGUCAUACAAGUGUAACGACUGCGAUUAUAAAACUAAAUACAGCAACUGUAUAAACCAACACCAACUGAUGCAUAAAGAUCCAUCACAGGUUCAAAUGUACAGGUGUGAUGAUUGCAAUUAUGAAACUAUAUACAAGUAUGCUCUCAAAAAGCACCAACUGAAGCAUAAAGAUCCAUCACAGGUUCAAAUGUACAGGUGUAACAACUGCGAUUUCGAAACUAAAUACAAGGAGAAUGUCAAAAAGCACCAACUGAAACAUAAAGAUUCUUCAGAGGUUCAAAUGUAUAGAUGUAACGACUGCGAUUAUAAAACUAAAUACAGGAGUGGUAUGACAUAUCACGUGUUGAAGCAUAGAGAGCCUUCUUAAAUACAAUCGAAUAGUGUUGGCAACUGAAAUCGGUUUUUUGGAUAGUCGAUUAACCGGUUCCAGACAAUUUGGAUUUUUACGAAACCCAAAAACCGGUUAUUCGAUUCUUCAAAUAACCGAUUAUUCAAAUAGUCAAUUAUUUGAUAAUCUAUUCAUUCAAACAUCCGGAUAAUCGGAUUCUUUCUUUAUUGACAUAUUGGCUACUUAGCACGUACAUAGUAGAUACAAAAUUAGGUGGAACUAUUAAGGGAAAUACAAUUUAUUUUUAUACUUUAUCCUGGACACAGACACAGAUUGAUUAAAAAAACAAUCACCCAAACACCAAACCUGUUCAUA